GUGCAGAGUGCUCAUAAGUAAUUAAACAGAUGCACAUUGACAUUUUUGCACAUUACUAAACUGUGUCUGUGGCAUCAUUGUUUUUUAUUAUUCUGUCCCUCAAUAUAUAAUGCCUACUAUAAUUAUUUUAUUCUACACUAUGUGGCUCUGUUGUCUCGUUGUUUUUAAAAGAUAAGAUGUUUCUUAAUUAUUCCCACAACAGCAAAUUUUCAGUGUAAACUUGAGCUUGAAUUAUCUCCAAUAUCAGAAAUCAAUGCAUUUUCAGCCUACUGUGGCUAAAGAGCUUUGACCAACCUCUCUUGAAACAGAUGAUGGAUGACGCAAUUUUUCAUAAACAUUUUCUUACCUUUUAUUCAAUACAGCGGUUAAAAUCACUGAUGAUGGAUGCCACAUCAGAAGCUGGAGUUCUUCAUCCCUACUGGCCUCGGGACCUUUUGAUUCCCACCUAUGUGGCCAAUGACCGAUCCAUGUCAGAGAUCCUCGUGUUCCUUUUUUCUGUGUCUGGUGUGUUUAUGCUUGUGACGUGGCUGAUCACUGGCCAGAGAGAAAGGCUGGGGACAUGGAGGCGUCUGGCUGUGUGCUGGUUUGCCGUUUGUGGUUUCGUCCAUGGAAUCAUUGAGGGAUGGUUCUCGCUGUAUUAUGAUGUUAUUGCAGGGGACCAGAGCUUCCUGUCACAGCUAUGGAAGGAGUACUCCAAAGGAGACAGUCGUUAUAUAAUAGCGGAUAAUUUCACUGUCUGUAUGGAGACUGUGACUGCAUGGUUAUGGGGACCUUUCAGUUUGUGGGCUGUAUUUGCCUUCUUAACGAACAAGCCCUACAGAUUUGUUCUGCAACUCAUCAUUUCAAUAGGUCAGCUGUAUGGUGUAGUGCUUUACUUCUACACGGAGCACAGAGAUGGUUAUUCUCACACUGAGCUGGGACACCCGAUCUACUUCUGGUUCUACUUUACGUUCAUGAACAUGCUGUGGUUCAUCAUUCCGCUGAUGCUCAUUGUGGAUGCAUGGAAACAGCUGUCAGCAGCCCAGACACACACUGACAACACAAAGCCGAAGAGGAACUGAACUGGACAAACUUUGGAACUGUAGGACAAUUACUACAGGAGACAUAAGGGAACUGGGAGAAAGAGAAAAGAGAGAAAAAACAGUGUCCAAAGAUGGGGAAAAUAAAUCGAUACUUGUUAUUGUUAUCUAGAGUUUCUCAUGCUGUACCUGUAAACCUGCAACAUGUUCCUUGUGCAUUGUGGGAUCUUGGGAAGAAUUGCAAUCAAUACUAUCUUAAUUUUGUUAACAUUUUACACAGCUUCAUGAAUGGACUUAACACUGCCUUUACUCAUAUAAAUUGCCUCCUUCACAUGGAA